AAUUUAUCCGUUUUUUUUUAAUUUUUAUUUUCUUUCUUUUGCAACAAUAAAUACAAUCAUCAAGUUACUUUAUAAACGUAACAACAUUAACAAGAAGAAGUAAACAAUGUCAACAUCUAAUGGUGGCACGGAUCGAUAUCAACGACUUGAAAAGUUAGGAGAAGGAACAUACGCGACAGUGUACAAGGGCAAAAGUCGACUUGGAGGAGAAAUCGUGGCAUUAAAAGAAAUACAUUUGGAUCCAGAAGAAGGGGCACCGUCUACGGCGAUCAGGGAAAUCUCCUUGAUGAAAGAACUGAAGCAUCCGAACAUUGUACGACUGAUGGAUGUGAUUCAUACAGAGAACAAGCUUAUUCUUGUAUUUGAAUAUAUGGACCAAGACCUGAAGAAGUUUAUGGAUACAACAGCAAGAGCGACACAUGGGGCGUUGGAUCUACAAUCUAUCAAGCAAUUCAUGUUCCAGUUGCUGCGGGGGAUUGCGUACUGUCAUGAAAACCGUGUACUACACCGUGACCUGAAACCACAAAACCUACUUAUCAACAAACGAGGUGAACUCAAGUUGGGUGAUUUUGGUCUUGCUCGUGCGUUUGGGAUUCCUGUCAAUACAUUCAGUAAUGAAGUCGUCACUCUUUGGUAUCGUGCUCCUGAUGUCCUCCUUGGUUCUCGUAUGUACUCUACUUCGAUCGAUAUUUGGUCGGCAGGUUGUAUCAUGGCUGAAAUGUAUACAGGUCGUCCUCUUUAUCCUGGCACCACAAACGAAGAUCAACUACAAAAGAUUUUCCGCAUGAUGGGUACCCCUACCGAACAAACCUGGCCAAAUGUCUCUCAAUUACCUGAAUACAAACCAAAUCAACAAUAUUAUCCUGCUCAAACUAUUUAUCAAAUCUUGCCCUCCAUCGAUCAUCUCGGUCUCGACCUUUUGAAUAGAAUGUUACAAUAUCAACCUCAAAUGCGGAUCUCAGCCAAGGAUGCUUUAAAUCAUUCUUAUUUUGAUCAAGUCAGACAUAUGCAAUUUGAAUAAUGGUCUAG